AUGACUGAACCCAUCGGGCUGGCCUCCGGAAUCCUUGCUCUGGCGUCGUUCGCGUUUCAAUGCAGCGUCUCGCUUUAUGAGACAGUGGACAGUUUCCGUUCGCAUCCAAAGCGUGUGCGCGACCUUCUCGGCGAGCUAGAAGCUUUAAGUGCCGUGCUGGCUCCACUCGUCGACCUGGUGCAAUCGACCUCUGAAGUCGAUCUCUCGGUCCUCGAUCUGCCACUAUUGCGAUGCGGCAAUGCCUGCAAAGAGUUUCAGCAAGAGUUACUCCGAUGCGCGUCCCGAUCGGACAGUAAUCGGACAAGCUUCCGCGGCUGGGCCAGGCUGACGUACAUGGGUGAUAAUAUUGACGAUUUUCGCGACUUGCUGGCAGGAUAUAAGGCCACGAUCAAUAUUGCUUUGACCGAUGCAACUCUACGCCAAUCUACAGUCGCUGUUGAAAGCAUCGGGGACUACGAGGGUCUCAUCCAAGAUGCAAAGGAGGACCUGGGAGCCCGACUCGAAAGUAUUGAUAGAAAGUUGGAGCAACUGGCUGAGAAGGAUGUGGCCCAGUCCGGACCAGAUGCGGCCGAGCUGCACUCGCUGAGAGAGGAGCGCCUGAGUACAGAGAAGUGCCUUCAGAUUUGCGCCCAGUUAUCGAGCCACAUUGAUCAGAUUCAGCUGAUAUCCGACGAGGCGGGCCCGUCUCGGGGAUCAAUCGGAGCUGAUGCGUCGCCCGAAACGGUCACAAACGAAGGUCUACAAGAAUGCAAAAACAGCUUGACUGUGACGGCUGCCAAGUUGGAAAAGCAUAUGCGAGAUAUUAUGGAUCGGCUACUCGCGAAAUCCAAGACUGCAGUCUCUUCUGACGAAGAUGCUCAAGAUCUGUCGAGGCUGCGCGACGAGUGGGAAACCGCUCGGCAGUGCUUGGAUAUUUGCUCACGGGCGGAUAGCCACUUAAAGGAGAACGUCAGCGUUAUUGAGAAUUAUGGCACAGGCGACGUUCUGCAGUUUAUGGUCUCCGCGAACGGGAAGGUUCUUCAUGGAAAGAACCGGGGUUUGGGUUGGAGGAACAGGCAAGUGGGAGGCUACGUAAGCAACGAGUCAAUCCAACAGCUAUCGCGAGACUUUGCAUCUAUGCACACCAGUCACUUGAGGAGUGAAGAACCCAUCUCAAAAGAUGGCGCCACGCCAAGCACAGGCGAUGCGGUGAAAAGUGAGAUGACGGCCGAAUUCAAGGAACGAUACGGGCGAGGCUUCACUCUCAGACCAGCGCGGACGCCAGACGCACAGCCGGCUUCACCCAUUUGA